UGGUUGUCUCCUGAUAACUCUAGAUAACCCCUCUCUGGUGUUACCCAAGGCCUUGCAAUUCCUUUAUGCCCACAAGUCAGUCUUCGGGGUUUGACACCUUUGCUCCAGGCUAUUCUCACAGUGAACCCAAGGAUUCUAGAUGAGAAGCUAUAGGAACUGGUUCUCUUAGUGAGGCUGUCCCUCACCCCCACCCCACUGCCAAUCAGUUGGAACACUGUACCUCCCACUGCUAUUCCUUCCUUCCUUCACUACUGCAGACUUCUUGGCUCUAAGAAAAGGGGAAAGACGCAGACUCUCUGCUCUUUAGAUCCAUAAACUGAUCCCUACUACAGCCAGUGACAGGAGUGUUGGAUCUAAAUAGGGUGAGUUACGUUUAGAAGGGUUGGUGCUGAGGAUGCUUAGAGGGAAAGGCCCAGGAACACUGUAAGGGGCUUGAUUGGACUUCUAGAUGGUGGAAUUAAGAAUAGUGACCCGGGCUUCCCUGGUGGCGCAGUGGUUGAGAGUCCGCCUGCCGAUGCAGGGGACACGGGUUCGUGCGCUGGUCUGGGAGGAUCCCACAUGCCGCGGAGCGGCUGGGCACGUGAGCCAUGGCCGCUGAGCCUGCGCAUCCGGAGCCUGUGCUCCGCAACGGGAGAGGCCCGCGUACCAUAAAAAAAAAAAAAAAAAAAAAAAAAGAAUAGACAGUGACUCAACUUGUAAGAACCAAAGACCUGGACUCAACUCAGCGUUAAUCUCACUGAAACAGUUCUUGGAGCCUCUCUCCACUCUUCCAUCCCUCCCCACUUCUUCUCCAAUCUUCCUGAGCAUAAUACCAUUGUCCCUUAGUAUCCAUGGGGGGCAUUGGUCCAGGACCCCCCCCAUGCCCAGGAUACCAAAAUCCAAGCUUGCUCAAGUCCCUUAUAUAAAAUGGUGUACGUAGUAUUUGCAUCUAACAUACGCGCAUGCUCCUAUAUGCUUUGAUCAUCUCUACAUUACUUAUAAUACCUAAUACAAUGUAAAUAACUGUAAAUACAAUGUAAGUGCUAUGUAAAUAGUUGGCAGCACACAGCAAAUUCAAGUUUUACUUUUUAGAACUUUCUGGAUUUUUUUUUUGAGGGGGGACUAUUUUUAAUCCAUGGUGUGGUUGGUUGAAUUCCUGGGUGCAGAACAAAUAGAUACAGAGGGCCAACUGUACAUUGAAGCAGCUUGAAUCCUGGUCUUCUCUUCAUCCUAUUUAGGCCUUUUGAGCCAGGGGUAGGGUGCCACAAAUGAGAACGUGCCUACCCCUUGCGCUCUGUUUGAUGGAGUACUUGACAUUCUCAGAUACGCUCUCAGUACACGUAUCUCAUUAGCCUCUUACAGGUUUGUGAGGGAGUUAUUAUUAAGCCCAUCUGAGGACAUCACACUCAGAGAGUUGAGAAUCGGGUUAGAAAUUCCACAGGGCCGGGUAUACUCCUCAUGGUAAAUGACGACAGAGAGCUAGUUUAAAGGGAAGACUUUUUCAAGCAACUCUCUGCUCUAAUUUUGACCAGAGUAGCUGUUGUGAGGGCAGUUUCAAUUUUGGUACUUGAUUGAUUAGAACAAUAUUUCAAAACUGGAGUUCCUUUAUGAUGACCUUCUUAACAAUAGAUCAAGAUCGUUUAUAAUGAUGAUAAUUAGGGAAGUGGCCUCUGAGAAGGGAUGUGGGUAGUCACAAGUGAUAACAUGUUUCACACAGGCUUUGGGGAACUGUCUUAAGGAAGUCAAGAUCCUGGUAAGCACCAUCUUGCAGAGUAAGCGUAGCUGCAGCCUCAGAUUUCAAGGAACCAAAGCCUUCCUGCUUCAAAAAUAUCUCCCAAGUCUCUAUUCAUCUUCUGUAUCCCCUUAAGAGGCAACAACACUUUCCACCUCACAGACAUAGAGCUUAAAAUACCAUUUUCUUUAGGACACAUGCUCUUUUGAGAAUUGAUCUGGGGACUCCCUUGUGGUCCAGUGGGUAGGACUCCGAGCUCCCAAUGCAGGGGGCUCAGGUUUGACUCCUGGUCGGGGAACUAUAACCCACAUGCAUGCUGCAACUAAGAAGUCCGCAUGCUGCAACUAAGAAGUCCACAUGCUGCAACUAAAAGAUCCCGCAUGCAGCGACUAAGACCCGGUGCAGCCAAAAUAAAUAAAUAAAUAUUGAAAAAAAAAAAAAGAAUCGAUCUGGACUGCAAAACAGCUAGCUAGAGGGUGAUUGGUUCCUCAGUUCAGGUGGAAGAGAUGGCAGACAGGAGGUACUUGGAAUUCUCAAAAUGAACUUCAUCAGUUUUUUACAACUUUGUGCUUAUCUCACUCAGGCUGUAACAUAUUUUCAGUUCUUAUAAACUUUAUUAUCUAAUGAGAGUUAUCACCUUCUAGCCUGGGAACCAAAUGAUAAAAUUUGGUUGAAGGGCCUACGUUGGCAGAGAGGAAUUUUAAGGUAGAGCUCAGCAGUUCUUCCUCUCUCUUCCCUGUACCCCGACAGGUGGCCCUGGUGACUGAGAUGGCAUCCUCUCUAAAGGUCCUAGGCCCUCUCUUGGCCCUGCUGUUCCCUCUAUGUGGGCUCCUUGUACACAGCCAGAACGUUUCCUGGAGGGAAUUCGUGAAACAGCACCACCCUAGCACAAACUGGGAAUUCAGCAAGUACAAGUGCAGUGAUCUGAUGAGGGAAAGAGGUGUUUCAAAAGACGAGAACUAUCACAUCUUCGUCUAUACCGUAUGGCACAAGAUUGAGCAUAUAUGCAUCAGGAACUGGAGAGAUCACUACAGAAAUGUAUAUAUAUGGGCCCCAUAUCCCUUCAAAACACUCAAGUGCUACCGGAAGAAUAGCAAAAACAACUACAAAGAUUACAAGAGCUACAGCUACAUUGAAUUCCAUUGUGGUAUGAAUGGGUUUGUUGAUGACAUAGAGGACAUGCAGUUGUUAGAGGAUAUCAGCAACUAGAAAGUUGACCCACACCCACAGGUUUUAGCGUUCAGUGCUUCCCAAGUGGUGGUCCCUCCCUGCACCAAGAGCCCUUGCAUUUAUUUGCCAAUGUUUUGCAACUACUGAGAGUUAUGUUUCACGUGGUUUCUUACUAUCGUAACUUUGCCUAUGUUGUUUCUCUGCCUGGAACACCCUUCUGUCCUUAUUUACCUGAUUUACUUCUACAUUUUUGAAAAGAUUCAGCUCAUAUGGAAUCUCUUUUUGACUAACCCAGGAAUUUUCCUGAUAUUGACUCUCCUUAUAACUUUGCAAGUGGAAUGAUCUUCCCAUCCCUAAAUAAAUUUUAUCAUUCCAA